AUCGUGCGUGUCAGUUGUGAGAUGACGGGCGGGUGAUGGCGAAUUUAUUAAUUGUCGCGAUCGCGAUUGUGGUUUUCUGUCAGGAAUAGGCUUGGAAACCGCGAAUGUGUAACACAUAUUAUACAGAACAUUUCGUAUAUACACGGCAGUGUUGUCUACUUUGUCGAUUUGUGGAAUAAAUAACGAAAAUGUAAAUGAUCAGCAUGUGUCACCAUUCAUCAACAAAUGUUUUAAUGAAAGACUGUUCAGUGGUCAUGUGUGGAAAGUUAUGACUGUCGUUGAAUACGCGAGUAAUUCGGGCGGUGUUUGUGUUGUGAAGUGUUGUUUAGUUUUUCUCUAGUGAAGGCGAUAAAUCUACUCUCAAAAUGGCGGACCUCGAAGCAGUGCUGGCCGACGUCAGCUACUUGAUGGCUAUGGAAAAGUCUAAAUGCACUCCUGCAGCACGAGCUAGUAAAAAAAUAGUUUUACCAGAUCCAAGUGUACGGAGUGUUAUGCACAAAUAUAUGGAAAAAUUAAACGAAGUUACAUUUGACUUCUUGUUUAUCAGUACGCUAGGUUAUUUAUUAUUUAAGGAAUUCUGCGAACAGACGUCAGAAGAACCAGUGCCACAUUUAAAGUUUUAUGAAGAGAUUAAAUUAUAUGAAAAACAAGAAUGCCCAGAAGAAAGGCGGCGGAUCGCGAGAGAUAUAUAUGACAAUUUUAUAAUGAAGGAAUUAUUAGCACACUCACAUGAUUAUUCAAAAGAAUGUGUAGCGCAUGUACAAAAAUAUUUAAUGAAACACGAAGUUCCACCGAAUCUAUUUGAGCCAUAUAUUGAGGAAAUCUUUCAACAUUUACGAGGGGAGCCAUUUAAAAAUUUCUUAGAAAGUGACAAAUACACAAGGUUUUGCCAAUGGAAAAACUUAGAAUUAAACAUUCAGCUUACAAUGAAUGACUUUAGCGUACAUCGUAUCAUCGGUCGGGGGGGUUUUGGAGAGGUUUACGGUUGCCGGAAAGCGGACACAGGCAAAAUGUACGCCAUGAAGUGUCUCGAUAAGAAGCGCAUCAAAAUGAAGCAAGGCGAGACGCUCGCCCUCAACGAGCGGAUUAUGCUUUCUCUAGUCAGUACGGGGGUGGAUUGUCCCUUCAUCGUCUGCAUGACGUACGCAUUCCACACGCCCGACAAGCUAUGCUUUAUCCUGGAUCUCAUGAAUGGCGGCGACUUGCACUACCACCUCUCGCAGCACGGCGUGUUCAACGAGGCGGAGAUGAAGUUCUACGCCGCUGAAGUUAUAUUAGGUUUGGAGCACAUGCACAGACGCCACAUAGUGUAUAGAGACCUGAAGCCUGCGAACAUUCUGCUAGACGAGCACGGUCACGUGCGGAUAUCGGAUCUAGGACUAGCCUGCGACUUCUCUAAGAAGAAACCUCAUGCCAGUGUCGGCACCCACGGCUACAUGGCGCCCGAGGUCCUAUCAAAAGGCACCGGUUACGAUUCAUCGGCCGACUGGUUCAGCUUCGGUUGCAUGCUGUACAAGCUGCUCAAGGGCCACUCGCCUUUCCGCCAGCACAAGACCAAGGACAAGCACGAGAUCGACAGGAUGACUCUUACAAUGAACGUGGAGCUGCCAGAAUCGUUCAGCCCAAGCCUGAAGUCUCUGCUCGAGGGGCUGUUACAGCGGGACAUAAACAAGCGGCUCGGCUGCAAGGGACGGGGCGCGGACGAGGUAAAGGAGCACAUGUUUUUCGCGGGCAUCGACUGGCAGCAGGUGUACCACCAGAAAUACACCCCGCCGCUGAUCCCGCCGCGCGGAGAAGUCAACGCGGCUGAUGCGUUCGAUAUUGGCAGCUUCGAUGAAGAGGACACUAAGGGAAUUAAGCUUACGGAAUCAGACCAAAUGCAAUACAAAGAUUUCCCACUGGUGAUAUCGGAGAGAUGGCAGUCGGAAGUCGCGGAGACGGUGUUCGAGACCAUCAACCAGGAGGCGGACAAGAUGGAAUCCAAGAAGAAGUCUAAACAGAAGCAGAAGUUUGAUGCGGAUGAGAAAGAAUCCGACUGCAUACUGCACGGCUACAUAAAGAAGCUCGGUGGGCCAUUCGCCAGCGCCUGGCAAACGCGAUACGCUAAGCUUUACCCGAACCGCCUCGAACUCCAUCUAGAGAAUAACGCCAAGCCUGAGAUGAUCCUCUUAGACACCGUCGAGGAUGUAUCGUCUGACUUCGUAUCGGUGAAGGGCGAACAGUGCAUCGUGCUUCGUACAAGGAAUGAUACGAAGAUCGUACUUACUAAUACGGACGAGAUCGGGCUGAAGGAGUGGGCGCUGUCGCUGCGGUCGGCGCACAAGUGCUCGGUGGAGCUGCUGGCGUCCAUGGCCAAGAAGGCGGGCAAGAUCUACGGCACCGGCGGCGACAAGGAGCUCGCGCUCGCCCGCUCCGCCCCCGCGCCCGCCGCCGCGCCCGCCGCCUCGCCCGCGCCGCGCGCGCCCAACGGCAACAACUAGCACGAGCUUCCCGCGCCCAACAAGGGCGCGAAGAUGUUCCGCCGCUCCAAGAGCGCCGCGCAGCUCAUCAAGUAAGAGUCGAGCGGGACAUGUCUACCCUAGCCCUAGGCGGACGGUGCCGGUGCCCGCGCCCGCCGGGCCUGUCGGAUCGGUGCAGUGAUCGUGUCGAACGGGUCGAAGUGACGGACGAUAAAGGAGGCUCUGUGGAACCGGUCGGGUUCGGUUUAGUAUCUCGAGUCGGCGCGGUGCCGCUCGUGUGAUAGUCGUCCUCGUGUUAGUGCCGUAGCGGGCCGACGCCGGCCGUAGCCGCUUCGGGGCCGCCGAUCGCUAAACGGCCGUUCGCAAUUUUACUACCGUACGAAUUAUUGUGAUAGGACCGAUCGAAUUGUGUAAACUUUACGUUCGCCCGCGUUGAUUUUCGAUCGUGGACGGCGGCGACUUUUGUAAUCGUUUGCACCGAUUGAAUUUUGUAAUUAUUAAUGUAACAUUCUGAAUGUUGUAUUUAACUCGGUAGGACGUAAUGUAAAAAAAUAUAACUUAUAAAUCGAGUAGGUAGUAUUAGUGGUGCCCGCGUAAUAUAUGUGUUUGUGCGAUAGGUCGAAUCGAAAAUUAUAAGUAAUAAAAUGAAAUGUAACUUAAACGUCGGCUCGGGUCUCGACGUUAGAACGUCGACCGCUUCGAUGCCGACCGAGUUGUUCGUUGUGCGUAAUUAUUAGAAGCUUCGACUUAAUCAAUUUGUAUUCUACUAGAAAUUUCAGCACUUUGGUUAUGCCUCUUGACUAUUGCACACGAAUAAUAAUUGUUACGACCCUUAUUUUGUAUUGUCUCGCUCUCUCAUAAUAUUGUUCCUCCUUAGUUUACGGUAACGAAACGUUAAAGAUAAAAUAACAUACAAUACGACUUGUCGGUACUUAAACACUGCUUUUCUCUAAACUCUUCAGAUGUUAUGUAUUCAUUUUCAGUGUUAUUGAUAGUAAUAGAAAAAUGUAAGUAGGAUCUAAAAGUCUUUUUUCAUGUAAUAUUUAGAGGCAAUACUUUUCUAACAACAUUUAGGUGUGGUGAUUAAUAAGUUAACAAUAGUUGUAAAGGCUAAAAUAUCGCAAACCGUUUAGGAAAAAUUGAAGCAUAUUUUAUGUCCAUCAUUUUAUGUGGGGAUUCAUUUAUUUAUUUUCGUACUCACAAAUUGGCUUUGCCGCUGUGCGUCGUAUAUGUUGGUUAUUGACAAUGCAAUUAUGUGUAUAACCUUGUUUAUUAAACAUUCUUCGUCUGAUGCAGAUUUAGACAACCCUUAAAACAGUCUACUAGCCAAUCUUAUGAUUAUGAAUGUUAUGAACUUUGUACUAUCUUUAUAUUUCGACCAGCAGCUUUCAAAGUGAAAUGUGUUCACAUAUCUUUAGAGCAAAAUGUGUUAUUUUUGUGUAUUCUUUCUGAAGCCCCUGGUUGGGUAUAAUGUUUUGUAUAGACUGCUUACAUUCUCAAACUUAAAAUAGUAAUGUUUUUCGCCGUUAUUUUCAAAGGUGCGAAGCGCGUCAAUCAACAUUAUAGUAACGUCCAAAGUUGAGAACGUAAACAUUCGAUAUUUCAAUUAUCUGCUGUGCCUUUAGUUGUGUUGGUCAUGUAAAUCGUUUUCUAGUAAAUAAAAAAAAAAAUUGCAUAAACACUUGGAGAAUUAGCAUAGUAUGACUAGUUGUAAACUAGUUAGGUCACCCUCGAGUUCAUAGGUUUUAGACAGUCCAAUUUAAAAGCAAUAAACAUGGAUCACUAUUUUGAUAUUACAAUAACGUUUUUUACGUUUCUAAUAUCUGAAGUAUAAUCUGUAAUUUAAGGAAUCGGAACAUUUUAAAGUUUUAAGUCGAUUUUAAUAUUUGUAAGCAUCCAAACUCAUUGACCUGGGUAGAACACGUACUUUGUCACAUAGACUGUGGGAUACCUAUUCUAUGUGACUUCUUUAAUACAAGUUCGAAUGGCACAAAUACAGUGGCUACCAAUAUCAGUGAGUUUGCACAUCCUAUAUUUGUUAUAUAAGUUUUAAAUUUCUUUUUAUAUACAAUUAACUGUAAAUAGAAUAAUGGUAGGCUCAGAGUAAUUACACAAGAAGUAUAAUAUGCCACGGGGCUCGCAUUACGCGACAUUAGCUAGAAGUCGAGGUAAGAACUAGUGUGUCGUGCCCCUUCUUCACUAAGUAGAAUAUCGUAUUGAGCUUAGAAUAUCUAAUAAGAUAUAAAACUAUGUAGAUGCUAGUCAAUUGGAUUUUAUGGAACUGUUAUAAUCAAUUUAAUUAAAGAAGUUAUUAUGUACGUAAACAUUACAUAUUUAAUAAUAUUUAUAGUUAUUGUAACAGUUUGUGCAGUAUUAUAGGUUAGUUGUUUUGAUUGUAAAAAUCUUACCUCUUGUGAUAGGUUUCAUAACAUGGGCACAUAUUUUAAAUUCGCAACAAAGUUUUAUGUGAGUUUAUAUGCAUUAUUAAUUUUAUGUAUACGAUUAAUUGAAACAUAAACCAUGAUGUCUAGUGGUGCUAUUAUUUUACAACUAAUAUACCACAGUAUAAGGAAGGUAUUUCAGAACCAGUAAUCUAACUUCGAACAAUUUAUAAUUCUCGUUCUGAUUGAAAAUCUCGAACACAUUUGUCCCCGCGCCCCUUUUAAAAACUAGCUUAAAAUCGACCAGGUUGUCACUUGUUUUUACCAGAGAUCUGUUCCUUGUCUUCAACUGAAAGUUACAAGUUAUAAACGGAAGUCUUUUCAUUUUGUUAUUAGACAGCUACUACCAUUUGUAAUUUUUAAUUUCGAGAAAUAAGCCAUUUUUUUGUUCAAAAUUUGAUUACUCGGUAUACAUUUAUGUACACUGAUUAUUAUACAGACAAAUAAGGCUGAGACUAUAGUAGCGAUAACUGUUCGAAAUCAGCAUGAAAUAAAGUCAAAGGCCAAAAUAUGUAUGUUUAUUCAACAUUCCGGUUUGCCAAAUUAGUUUGUAAACGUAGAUUCUUUUUUAAUGCAUUUAAGAUUUUUUAUUCGUUUUUCACUCUGAAAAUAGGUAAUGAAGUAGUUUAGGCGACAGAUUUGUAAAUUUAGACGACAAGGCUAGAUCUGCAUCAGGCGAUGUGUUAUAUACCUCUGUUAGAAAUAUUUUUAUUGUGACCUACAUUAUGUGUAGUAAAUUGUUUAUUUAAUCAA